AUGUCUGAGCUCUCUGCAGACUGUGUUCCCCUCCGGACAGGGCGCGCAGAGGACACGCUCAAGGAAACACAGGAGAAGCACACUUUAUUGAUGGUGGCGAUGAUUUUGCUGGACCUGAAAAAGUGUAACCCUGGAGUCAUGGGCGCGUCUAGUGACGUUCCCUCUCUCGACAUGAGGAGAGAAUGCCGGGUAAAAGCACCCAAACAGUCCCACGUAAAGAGGGGUGAACCUCGACCUGAAACUACGGAGAAGAGGCACAGCUGUCCCUUUCCCGGCUGUGGCAAACUGUAUGGCAAAUCCUCCCACCUCAAAGCCCACUUAAGGGUCCACACGGGUGAGCGUCCGUUUGAGUGCACCUGGCCCUGCUGUGGGAAGAAGUUCUCCCGCUCCGAUGAGCUGACGCGUCACUACCGCACACACACAGGGGAGAAGCGCUUCCAUUGUCCGCUGUGUGACAAGUGCUUCAUGAGGAGUGACCACCUGACCAAACACGCACGCAGACACGCGGGCUUCCAUCCCAGCAUGCUCCUGGGCUCAGGGGCAGCGAAGAGACGCCUCUGUUCCGUGUCGGCCUCUUCAUCUGGAGACCAGAGCCCCGCUGGCUCUGAGUGA